AUGAAGUCUACUGUCCUUUUGGUGCUCUACGCCUUGAUUGCCCUGGCCGCAGCUUGGUCAAAGGAAGAUUAUGAGAUCUUUCGUCUCAGAGAUGAGGUCGUUCUGAGUGAAGGUCCCGACGUCACCUUCUACGAUUUUCUCGGCGUCAAACCGUCUGCCUCACAGAUUGAACUCCAGAAAGCCCUGAAGAAAAGAUCACGAACACUUCACCCGGACAAAAUCAAGCAGCAAUUCAUAGCAGCUCGAUCAACCAUCAAGCCUAAGCAGAAAGGCGACAAGAAAUCUCCCGGAGUGCAUGUCUCUAAGGGCCCAUCCGAGAAAGAAGUCAAGAAUGCCUACAAAGAAGCCACCGAGAGAUAUGCCCGGCUCGGGGUAGUGGCCAAGAUACUGCAAGGCGAGAACCGUGAACGAUAUGAUUACUUUCUCGCCAAUGGUUUUCCCAAGUGGAGAGGCACUGGCUACUAUUAUGCCAGGUUCAGACCAGGGCUAGGCAGCGUGCUGGUUGGACUCUUUCUUGUCCUGGGCGGAGGAGCACAUUACGGAGCUCUCGUCGUAGGAUGGAAACGUCAACGAGACUUCAUCGAUAGAUACAUUCGGCAAGCAAGACGGACUGCAUGGGGUGACGAGACCGGUAUCCGUGGUAUACCUGGUGUUGAUAGCACGAGCGCUCCUGUCCCUGCUACGACAGAGGAGCCUGAGAGCAUGAUGCAAAUGAACAGAAGGCAGAAGCGGCAGCUUGAGAAAGAGAAUAAAAAGGACAAGUCGGGUAAAGGCAAGACGGCAAGCAAACCCUCUGGUAUGCAAACACCAAAUCGAGAGGCUGGGCCGACCGGCGAGAAGAAGCGCGUCGUAGCCGACAACGGAAAGAUCUUGAUCGUCGAUGCAGUUGGCAACGUCUAUCUUGAAGAAGAAGACGAAGAUGGUAACAACCAAGAAUUUCUGCUGGACCCCAACGAGAUCCCGAAGCCGACGCUCAAGGACACAGCACUAUUCAAGUUCCCGGCAUGGACUUACCACAAGAUCACCAGCCGCAUCAGGAAACCCGCUCAGACGUCAGAGGAAGACGACAGUCCAGCCUUGGAGGUAUCCGACCCUAGCCAAGAGCAAGAUCAAGAUCCAGGCUCAAGCUUCGAGGUGAUUGGCAAUGACAGCCCAGUUGAUGCCAUGGCGCAAGCGAACGCAUCGUCCAGGAAGCGAAACCGGAAGAACAAGAGUUGA